AACUAAAUCUAAUUAACAAAAACAGAGUCUGUCUUUUGACUUUCCAAAAACAGAGCUUUUUUUUUUGCCUCUAAAACACACAUCAAUGGCGAUUCCUGUGAUUGAUUUCUCCAAGAUCAAUGGUGAAGAAAGCGAGAAGACACACUCUGAAAUCGCUAAAGCUUGCGAAGAAUGGGGAUUUUUUCAGCUUGUGAACCAUGGGAUCCCAUUGGAGCUUCUCAACAAGGUGAAGAAGGUAGCCUCAGAGUGCUACAAAACAGAGAGAGAAGAAGCAUUCAAAACCUCAACUCCCGUGAAGCUACUCAACGAACUGCUUGAGAAAAACUCCGGAGAGAAACUCGAGAACGUUGAUUGGGAAGAUGUCUUCACUCUCUUAGACCAUAACCAAAACGAAUGGCCAUCCAACACUUCUGGCCUCAAAGAGACUAUGGUGGAAUACAGAGAAGAAGUGAGGAAGCUAGCGAGCAAGAUGAUGGAAGUGAUGGAUGAGAAUUUGGAUCUACCUAAAGGUUACAUAAAGAAAGCUUUUAACGAAGGGAUGGAAGAUGGAGAAGAGACAGCUUUCUUUGGAACCAAAGUCAGCCAUUACCCACCUUGUCCUCAUCCAGAGCUAGUCAAUGGCCUUAGAGCUCAUACUGAUGCAGGAGGUGUGGUUUUGUUGUUCCAAGACGAUGAGUAUGAUGGUCUUCAAGUGUUGAAAGAUGGAGAGUGGAUCGAUGUUCAGCCGAUGCCUAAUGCUAUUGUUAUCAACACUGGUGAUCAGAUUGAAGUUCUUAGCAACGGAAGGUACAAGAGUGCAUGGCAUAGGGUGUUGGCGAGGGAAGAAGGAAACAGAAGGUCCAUAGCUUCCUUCUACAAUCCGUCGUACAAGGCGGCCAUUGGGCCAGCAGCGGUGGCGGCGGCGGCGGCAGGGAUGGAGGAAGGAAGUGAGAAGAAGUAUCCAAAGUUUGUGUUUGGAGAUUACAUGGAUGUUUAUGCAACACAGAAGUUCAUGCCUAAGGAGCCUCGUUUUCUAGCUGUGAAGACUCUUUAAAUAUUAUCUACCAUCAUGAUGUAUUGUCUCUCAAGUUAUUAAAUGCCAAGUUUAAUAAUUUGAUAAUUUGGCAUCAUCUGUUCUUCCGGCUUUGUAUUUUUUUUUUUUUGUUUUCAUGUGAUGUAUGAAUCUUUGUUGUCUCACUUGUCUGCAUCAUUUGAUAAAUUUGUAACUGUGUCUCUCUACAUAUGAUUCAUGACUUUGAUGGCAUUCUUUAA